CAUACGCACAAGGUUGUAUUUAGUUGCUCCCAGAGUUGGUCAAACGAGUAGACGUGUAUAGUGUCAAUGUCGUGAAUUAAAGAUUUUAGUAGGAAAUAAUAGAAACCUGUUACUGCUAAAAAGUUAACGUAAAACAUUUACUUAAUCAUCAUAACAUGGAUAAUAAAUCGUUGUUAUUUUUAUUCGUAACAACAUUAUAUUUUCAAUCUUCUAGACAAAAUGCAGUGGACAGCCUGAUUUCAAGCACGGUCAUACCUACCACCUAUGUUGAAAAUGAUAACUUGGGUGCAACAAAUAUAGAAGAUAACUCAAUACCAAAUGCUAUCAAUAAUUUUGGAUUCAAUUUACUAGUCAAAAUGAUGAAGGAAAGGGAAAACGAAAACAUCGUAAUAUCCCCAAUAGGUGUCGCUGGCCUACUUGCCAUGACAUUACUCGGAAGUGUUGGGAUGACACAUGAUGAAAUCGCAGAGACCCUCGGAUUUUCCCAAGAUAUUCUACAAAACCGCAAAAACCACGAACAGUUUGGCGGAUUAUUGCAAAGCUUAAAUAAGAACGAUUUUUCUAAAACUUUGUACGCUGACGCUAUAUUUGUGGACAACCAAGUAAAACUACGAGAGCUAUACAGAACGUAUCUGCAUGGUGUUUACGGAGGCGAUGUAUUACGUACUGACUUCCAAGAAACCGAAGAAUCUAAGAACAGUAUUAAUGAGUGGGUUAGUAAACACACAGAGGGAAAUAUAGAUGAAUUUCUGAAAGACUCUCUACCUCCCCAUACCAAAGUUGUACUUUUAACUGCGUUGUACUUUAGUGGCAGAUGGAAACAACCUUUUGCACCGCAAUACACCAGAAAGAUGGAAUUCAAAAGGGUAACAGAUGAAGUUAUGGCUGACAUGAUGCUGAAUUUCGGAGAGUUUCGUUAUAAAGUUUCUGAGGAACAUGAUUUCCACAUGAUAGCAUUACCUUAUAACGAUAGUGAAACUGUUAUGUAUGCUUUAAAACCAAUAUCUUACAAACAAUUAACACUGUUGGACCUCAUGGAAAAGAUUAACAACAAAGUUAUUGAUGAAACAAUCAAUGAGAUGGAUAUCAAAAAUUGUGUUAUUCGUUUCCCUAAAAUGAAAAUUAAAAGCACCACAAAACUAGAGGGCACCUUGCAAUCCAUUGGGUUACAAAGUAUGUUUAUACCAGGCAAAGCUAAUUUUGCACUCAUGGUGAAUCACACUGAUCAGUUAACCAAUAAACCCAAAGAGCAAUCAGAUAAACAUGUGGAGAAUACAAACAUCUUGGACAAUCUCCCUAAUCCUGGAAUACAUGUAGAUUCCAUAAUUCAUGAUGUAAAGUUAACAAUUAAUGAGUUUGGUACAGAAGCAGUAGCAGCGACAAGUGGAACAUUAACUCGGUCGGCAGAAACUUUCUAUGCAGAUUCCCCUUUUUAUAUUUUCAUUAGAAAUGAAAGAACCAAACUAGUGACCUUUAGUGCUGUUAUAUUUGAUCCAACUAAAUAAUCACAUAAAACCUUUAAAAUUGAAUCUAUAUUGGACAAUAUAGCCAAACAACAAAUACAUGUCUUAGCAAAGUACCUAUAAUAAGCUUAAAGUCUAUAGUUUAUAUACAUUUUUUAAACAUAAGAAUUAUAAUUUUUAUCUUUAUUACUUAAAUGUUAAUUACACUAUACUAAAUUGUUUAUCUUUUAUUUUUUAAUCUUUCAAUUUGUUCAUUGAGAGUUUGUUUCCAUUGUUCUUCAGAGAUGCUCUGAGCCCAUUCUGGAAUUGAGGCCUGGGGCAAGGCAAAAUUUGCCAUAGCUCUCAUCACCUAAAAUCAAUUAACAACAUUUUUACCAAAGGCGUACAACAACAUGUUUUAAAGACAAUUUGAUUAGGUUAUAUGUCACCUGUUGAGCCCGCUCAUUAUCCAUUUGUAUAGCAUCUGUAUGUCUUGGAGCACUCCAAACUUCCCUGCUCAGUACAUCUUCCAUUGGUUCUAUACUUGGCACAUCAGCUGGAGGUGAUUCGGCACUCU